AGCCAGUAAAACCGUACGAUUUUAAAAGGGAGUCAUGAAGAAGCUUUUUUCUAAGCUGCAAAUAGGCAAGCCUUCAAGGGAAAACAGUCCAUCUGCAUCAUCAUUGGGAAGUCAUGAUAGUCUUCACAAUGUUUCCAAUGGAAAUGUGAAGUCUGUGUGGAGUUAUGUAGUAAAUGAGAAAGAUUUACCGAAACUGCAUAAAGCUGUAUGGAAAGAAGAUAUAAAAAAGGUUAAGAAUUUAGUAAGAAGAGAGCCCAUGGUUGGUGAUAAGUAUAAUAGGACUCCACUUCAUUACGCCUGUUUUAAAGGAAACGAGGAUAUCGUACGUGAAUUACUUGAAUUCAACGCUAAAGUCAAUGUUGUUGACAAUAACUUUCAAACGCCACUAAUGAAGGCUAUAGAAGGAGGAUUCUGUCAGUGCAUAAAACUGCUGAUGGACUACAGAGCAGACCUUACUGUUCAGGACUCAGAAGGCAAUGCAGCAAUACACCAGGCUAUAAACAGUUCUUCCCCUGAGAUUGUUUCACUAUUAAUAAAGGCUGGUGUUUCUAUUAACACUCAUAACCAGGAAGGAAAAACAGGUCUUCAUUUGGCCGUUGAAAGGCAGGAUGUGGAAAUGGUUAGCCAUCUUCUAAGGAAUGGUGCAGAAGUAAACUGUGUUGACAAAAGUGGAAGAUCUGCUCUUAUGCUUGCCUGCUUACAAGGAAACAAUAAGAUAACUGAAAUUCUAAUGAGUCAUGGGGCCUCUGCUAGCUUAAAAGAUAAAAAAGGUCAUACACCCAUGGAGGUAGCCUUAGAAAAAGGUCAUUUAGAAUGUCUACAGAUAAUGUCGACAAUGGCAAAGAAUAAUGCAAAUACCAAAACACCAUCCCUUAUUGAUGACAGUGAUGAAAGUUCUGAAAAAUCUUACGAAAUAAUAAACAGUCUAAAUGGACAUUUAGAUGACGGUGAGACAGAAGAUGAAGGGGGAGUAAAAAGUAAAGAACAUAUAGUCGUUGAUAAACCUCCCGUUCCGCCUAACUUUACUUCAAGUGAAAGCAGAGAAUCCCACAGUGCUAGAAGAUCUACUGCAAAUUCUCAUGUAACGGAAGUUGAACGUGAAAACGGCGAUAACAUUAGUAGUGUGAAUUCAUUUUCAGACGAUAGGUAUUUUGAAAGCCAUAAAUCAGAAGGGCUUAUAACUACGGAUUUAAGCCAACGUGAACAUUCACAAACAUCUGAAAUGAAGGAUUGUUUACAUAAGAAUCAAACGGCAACGGAAAUUAUUUCAGAUGAUUUUCUUGAAGAAAAUGCUCUUGAAAGUUUGGAGGUACAAGAGCCAAUUAUCUGGUCACCAAGAAGCUUGAAAGAUAUUCAGCUGCCUAUUCAUGAUCACGUGAAUUCUGGACCUCAAAUAAAAUAUUUAGAUCCAUUACUAGACCCACUCUCUGUAAAUGCAACUAAUGCCGAAAUACCUCUAAAAAGUGAAGUUGUCAAAUUUGAAUUACAUCAAAAUACUUCAAGUGCACUUAGUGCAUCACCAGCAACAGGAUGUUUUGAAAAAUAUUCUAGUUCGUCAGAAAUUCAUGCAGUUAUGCCUAUGGAAUCUUGCUCUGAAAAGACACGGUCCAGUUCUGUAUCCUGUAAACGUGAAGAGAAUAAAAAUAAAGAAGUUAUAGGGGAAUUAGAAACACUUGUGAAUCAAUCAAAUGGACUGUUGGUUAAUAAACCUAAAAAUGAUGGUGAAAAUUUAUUUUCGAUGCGUAACACUGAAGAAAGAGAAGAGAACUCAUGGAAUAGUGACACAGAGUCUGAAUCACUUGAUCGAAUGGCACAAAUUGAAGCAGUAAUGAAUAAACAAAUCCGAGAAUAUGCAAAAGUAAGCUUUUUGUCUCGAUCUACUGGUCCUUCUACAACGUCACCACAACAGAAUCAAGGAGAUGCAAAUUCAUGCUUAGAUAAAAAUAAAUUGGAAAUUAAGAAUAUACCAUGCAGUGAAAAUAAUAUGAGAUGGGAUCAAAGUGAUUGGGACUCAGAAAGUUCGACAGGUAUUUCUUCUAUUGAAGUAAAAGUAAAUGAUCAAGUGAAAGCAUUCUUGCUUUCACCUAAGCAUAAAAUGUCACCUAAUGGAGACUACUGUCAAGAUAAUAGACUCACCAAUGGUUAUAGUAUCAAUUCUACAAAUAAAGUACCCAAUCCAUCUAUCAAUCAAGAAGAGUCAAAUGCACCUACUAAAGAGGUAACAUAUAGUGACAAGUUGAAAGAAAUCGAUUGGGAUUCAAGUUCAGAUAUCGAUAAUAGCAUUAAAAAUAUACCUUUGGUAAAUGAUAUAUCUAAUGGUGUUAAUCAUUUAAUAAAUAAUAAAACACCUAAAAACCUUAAUAGUUCUCCUACUUCGGACUUGAGCAUGAAUAAGAAAAGUUUAGUUUAUUUAGAGUCUCAUCACCCCAUGAAUGAAAUGGAGUUACAAAUUAAUCGGAAGUCUGACACAGAAAUGAAACCUUUAGAAAAUGCUGCCGAUUUCGGGAAACAAAAUGGUAAAUUGGAUACUCCUGACUACGGAGAAUCUCAUUCACCACUAAAUAAUGCUGAUAAAGUUAUUAAUUCGGAUUCAUCAGAUGAUACAAGCACCUAUGAUGAAGUGGACAGUUUAUCACCGAUUACUGAGGAAGAAGAAGAUGGCGAUGAAAUGCUAAAGGAGAAACGUAAAGUCAUAAAUAAAGGGCAUACAGUCCAAUGUAUCACACAAUCUUCAACAGAUGGAAGAAAAUACAAUACAGUGCCUGAUGUACUACUUCCUUUAUCUGAAAUCGAUGCUGUACAAAGAUUUGAAGAUACUGAACCUAUACCUGCUGUUCCAUACAGUGAACAUUCUUCGGAUAAUAGUAGAAUUCAUGAGUCAAAUGAUAAGAUACAAUGUUUAUCUCGAUCUAAAGUGAUGAAUGGUACUGAGCAUACACAACAGAUACCAUACAAUUCGGUUACUGAAAAUUCUGAAGUGAAAAACAAUCCCAUUUCAACAACACUAGAACAACAUUUAUCUACAAUGAAUGGUAUACCAACGCUGACUGAUCAUUAUGUCGUGAUGUCAAAAAAUCAGAAAUCAACACAACCAUUAAAAAGUGAUCAAACAUUUGAUUAUUUUGAACUGAAUUCUAUGGGAAGACUAAAUUCUGAAGCAGGUGAUUCAUUACAAAACAUUUCUAUGCACAAUGGAGAAGCAGCAGUUUGUGGAUUAAAUGAAGAUUCAAAAGAUAAUCAAAGUAUAAUGUCAUUCGAAAAAUCAAGUCCAAAUUUCAAGUGUAGUUCACCAAGAGAAACUUCUACAAGAUCAACGAGGUCAAGUGACAGACAGUUUCUUAAUUUACAACCCCUUGUUGUUGAAAGUCGCAGAAGAGUAUUAUGUACAUCAGUUGUUGUUGAUCCAGACUCAAAGUUCACUUCCAAAGGUGCAACACUUGAUACAACACUAGAAGAUACAGAUUCGAUUAGUUUGGAUACAAAUUUAGAACCUAACUGUCACCUUGAUGAGUUACACCAAACAAAAUCCCCUGAGAAAGACAAAACAUCAUACAGCGUACGCAAAAGUUUAUUGCCUAAUCAAAUGGAUUCAAAUGAAAGAUCCGAUAUACACUCAAAGUCUUCAUGUUUAAAUGAUACAAAUAAACUUGUAGUUCAUUUUAACCAGGAUGAAAAUCUACUCAAUAAAUCCAAGUUGGCAAAUCAAGUUGAUUUUGAUCAGAUUAAACCUACUCAAAAUGAGGAGUGCAAAGAGGAGAAAUUGGAGAAAUUUUUAAAUAAAUGUACCAGCGUUAUAAGUCAAGAAUAUGACAGCAAGAAAACUGAUCCACAAAUAAACUCAUCAAUGUGUUCUGUUGAAAAGUUACGGGCACAAUUAUUACAAGCGCUUCAAGCCUUACAAAAAGAGCAUAAUGCAUAUGAAGAAUUAGAAGCAGCUAGAGAUGCAUGCGAAGCGCGUAUAAGAGAAAUGAAUUUACAGAAUAUGAAUCUUUUAUCAAAUACGUGCGAUGAACAAAAGUCAAAUAAUUCAGUCAUUACAAACGAAAUCGCUAUGAAUAUGGAACUACGUAAUCAAAUUGAGAGACUAAAGUUUGAAUUAACCAUGAAACAAGAAAAAAGUGAACAUUUAGAAAGGGAAUUGAAAAAUAUGAAUGAAUGUUAUUCUAAGCUAAAUGAGAACAUGAUCAAAACGGAGAAUGAAAAAGAUGAUCUUGAGAGUCAAGUUAGCCAACUAAUGCGACGUUUAGAAAUAUUGCAGUCGGAUAAUAUGAAGAUAAAUGAAGUCAAUACAAGGCUGAAAGCAGAUGUAGCAGAGUACAGUAAUGCUCAAGAAAGAUUCAAAAAAAUGAAGGACAACUUGUUCCACCAUCGACGUUUACUAGAAACACAACAAGCUACACUGAAUAACGGACUAAAACAUGUACGACUAAGAGUUGAUGACAUCAAAACUGUGAUCGGUGAUAUGAAACAAUGGUGCAAGUUGAAUUCGAGUGAUGCUAAUGAUGAAACUAAAAAUAAUCCGGUAAAAUGUGAUGCAUCACAAAUGGUUAAUGCAACUGUUGAUUAUACUGAAAAAAAUGAAAUCUUACAGCAAACUCUUGAUAAGAAAUUACAAGAAAUUGAUUAUUUGACAGAUGUUCAUCAGAAGCUCACAGCGUGUUAUGAUACUGUGCAUAAAAAGCUGGAGAAAUAUUUAUACAAUGAGCGUCUGAUUUACAACAAUUUGACGAAACUAUCACAGAAUUACGAUAUUAACGUUAAUAAUAGCAACAAUGGAACUGUCUCGGAUGUACUAGUUCCUCCACCUAUAACAAAUUCUGUACUAUAUCAGUUAACAAGUUUACUACGAAUAAUGGGUGCUAAUCAGGAAUCAGCAAACGAUUUAACCAGUCACCUAGACUCAAUAAAAUCACAUGGCAAAAUACCAUCUACUGAGUCAGUUCAACAGAAUCAUAUACAAGAAGUUACACUUGAAGAAAUUACUUCAUUAGCUGGUAAACUUGCAUCAACUGAAAAGAGCCUUUAUGAAAUCCGUAAGGAGUAUGAACAAUGUGUAACUGAAUUAAAACGAAGUGAUGCCCAACUCAGCUCAUCUGAACUUAUUAUUAAUCAGCUGACAAAUGAAUUAAAUCAAUACAAGGAACUGAAGGAGACAAGAGAAUCACAAUUUAAUCAGUCAUCGACAAGUACUCAAACAGAUUGUGCAGAUAGUCAAGCGCUUCCUUCUAUAAAGUUGGAUGAACGUAAUCCACUCAUCAAAGAAUUGUUAUCUAGACUUGAACAAGCUGAACAAAAAGUUAGCCAAUUAACCAAUCUAAAUGUCAUGAAUUCAUUGAAAUCUUCAGAAGAAAAUGACAAAUCUUUGCAGACGGAUAAUUAUGAGAUAAAGGACCACUGUAACAAACAGAAUACAGUAAAAGUCACAAAGUCACUUGAAGUCAAGGCCAACACACCUAGAGAACUCAAAAAUGACGAUGAAGUAGAAAAUGUCUCACCGCAUUUCAUUGAUCAAAUCAGUACACUACGUAAGCGUAUUUCUGAAUUAGAAUCAGAUCGAGAACGAUUAUGCAAAGAGAAUGAACGUCUUAGUGAUCGUACAGAGAAACAACGAAGAUUUACUGAAAAGUUAACCAAUCAUCUUUGUCAGUCAACACUGACUCAACAAACGCAACAACCUCAGAUAAUUCCGCCACAACCACCGAUUCAACAAUUACCUACAUUGGGUUAUUCAAUGUACACUCAGCCAACUAUUCUUCUUCCACAACCAGUGUGUAAUGUAACGCAGCAUGGUUUGCAAAGUCCACAUGUUAUACCACUAUGUGCAUGGAAUGGAACAGACUCUGUUAGCUCACAUCAUGCUGAUGUACUGAAUGAAGACUGUACACAACAACACCAAAUAAAUUUACAUUCACCACUAUUGAAAUCACAAAAUCCUACAACACUGUCAACUCCUGAAAAAAUUUCUGAUCAAAAUAUUCAGCAAGUGCAUAUGCCUUCUUCAUGGUCUUUGGAUCAAGAAGGUGAUGCUGACGGUUUACAAGAAACACAAGUUGACAAUUUGUUCACAGAACAACAAUUGCGGAAUACAGAUAUUUUAAAAGAUUCUAAAUUAGUAGAGAAACGACAAGUUAUCGACAGAAUUCGCCAUGAGACAUUUCUUCAACUCAAACCAGAACUGGAGCGUAGUAUCAGCUUACAUAUGGGAGACAACAGCUGUGAUUCAAUGGAGUUUCAUAGAUCGCAUUUUGAUUCAGACUAUAAACAAAGUGGUAGAUUAUUUCAAUCAUCUAUAUGGAGAACACGUCCAUCUCGAGAAAAUCAUACAACAAGCCUUAUCCUUUUAAACGCUGAACGUAGUCUUAAGAAUAUGGAACGUAGACGUCGAUUUCUUCCCAAUCCAGAUUACAGAUCAGAUAAAUAUUUAGCAGCCUUGAAAAACAAAUAUAUUAUACAAUGAUAAUUUUAUUUUUAUUUUUAUGAUUCAGUAUAUAAAAUGUAUUCAAACCUAAUUCAGAGCUUCCACUAACUGAAUAGAGUAUAAUAUGUAUUAUAUAUAUACAUUUAUUCAUUAUCUCUUUUUAUCUUAAUUGCUUAUCAGUAUAUUGUAAUUAUAGGUAUAUUGUUCCAAGAACAGUAUUUGUAUUUAUAUACAUAUACCAUUAUUUUUACACCUGG